ACUUUCUCGACAAUCGAAAGGAUUGUAAAUUGUAAAUAAAAGAAACAAAAAAUGGACGUCACAUUGUUGGUUGCUCUCGCUGCAUUAAUUAUUGUCCUGAUUAUCGUUUGUACGGUGUUCCUAGGACGAAGAUCCGCAUCGAAAAAACAGACAAACGUUGCUGAAAGAGUCGGGCAGGGUAGAGCACCUGUUAGGCGAGCAGCAGGCCAAAGAAAUGCCAGACGUCGUAUGCAAGCAACUACUAGCCAUCAAAUCGAAGAAGAUAAUAAUGAGUCAGGAAACGAAGCGAAUGACGAGGCAGAUGAGAAACCGAUUCCUGAUUUCAAGAUGGGUGCGAAGAAGAGAGCGAAACUGGCAGCCAAGGCAGAAAAGAAGAUACACAGAGAAGUAGCAGAGAGGGAAAGAGAAGAACGUAAGAAAAGAGAACAGCUUCUGCAGGAAGAAAGGGAUAAACAGAGCGAGAAAGAGAAGGAGGAGGAAUUGAAGCAAGAGGAGAUUGAAAGAAAAGCCAGGGAGGAAAAAGAAAGGAGGGAAUACGAGGAAUACUUGAAGAUGAAAGCAGCAUUUAGUAUAGAAGAGGAGGGUUACGAUGAGGAGGACAGAGGGACGGAAGAGAAUUUGUUAGAGGAGUUUGUAAUGUACAUUAAACAGAACAAAAUUGUUGUACUCGAGGAUUUAGCUGUGCAUUUCGGUUUGAAAACAGCUAGCGUAAUAGACAGAAUUAAAGAGUUGCAGGCGAAUGAAAGUUUAACAGGAGUAAUAGACGAUAGAGGGAAAUUUAUCUAUAUAUCCCAGGAAGAAUUAGAAGCUGUUGCGAAGUUCGUUAGACAACGCGGUAGAGUCAGCAUCACUGAGCUGGCUGAAAAUUCAAAUCGUUUGAUUAAUCUAAAUCCAGGGAAGCAGAGCAUGAUGGUAGCUAAAUAGACUUUUUAUUAGCAGAAUUGAAAAGUAAUUAUU